AUGCGGAAAUUCGUAGGCGAAACAGCAAAGACAUUGAUCGCCAACAACACCAUUGCUUCUGUGGUGAAAUUGAAUCCUCAUCACAGGCCUUCUUCUCCAAAUUACUGCUCUAAUAGAUCACAUCUCCCUCCAUCACUCUAUUCACCCAUUUCUUCUUAUUCCAUCAUGGCUUCAACACCCCCUGUUACUGUUGAAUCCCUUAACCCUAAGGUAUUGAAAUGUGAAUAUGCUGUUCGUGGUGAAAUUGUCUCUGUGGCUGAGAAAUUACAAGAAGACUUGCAAGCAAAUCCAGGUUCACAUCCUUUUGAGGAGAUACUUUACUGUAAUAUUGGAAAUCCACAACACCUUGGUCAAAAGCCGAUAACUUUCUUCAGAGAGGUUCUUGCAUUAUGUGACCAUCCUGCCUUAUUGGACAAGAGGGAAACAAUGGGUUUGUUUAGUGUGGAUUCCAUAAAGCGAGCAUCUUUGAUCUUGGAUCAAAUACCUGGAAGAGCUACGGGUGCAUAUAGUCACAGUCAGGGUAUUAAAGGAUUGCGGGAUACCAUUGCUGCUGGUAUUGAAGCUCGUGAUGGUUUUCCCGCUGAUCCAAAUGAUCUCUUCCUCACAGACGGUGCAAGUCCAGGGGUCCAUAUGAUGAUGCAGUUACUAAUAAGAUCAGAGAACGAUGGAAUUUUGUGUCCCAUUCCUCAGUACCCUCUCUACUCUGCUUCCAUUGCCCUUCAUGGUGGCACUCUUGUUCGUUAUUAUCUUGACGAAGCAACUGGGUGGGGAUUGGAGAUCUCUGAACUCAAAAAGCAGUUGGACGCUGCCAAGCAAAAGGGUAUUACUGUUAGGGCCUUGGUUGCAAUUAAUCCAGGAAACCCAACAGGCCAGGUUCUUGCUGAGGACAACCAAAGACAAAUUGUGGACUUCUGCAAGAAAGAAGGUUUGGUUCUUUUGGCAGAUGAGGUAUACCAAGAGAAUAUUUAUGCUCCUGACAAGAAAUUUCACUCGUUCAAGAAAAUCUGCCGUUCCAUGGGAUAUGGCGACAAGGAUAUCCCCUUGGUUUCUUUUCAAUCCGUGUCUAAGGGGUAUCAUGGUGAGUGUGGAAAAAGAGGUGGCUAUAUGGAGGUAACUGGUUUUAGUCCUGAGGUUCGGCAGCAGUUUUACAAGGUGGCAUCGGUGAAUCUUUGUUCGAAUAUUUCUGGCCAAAUUCUUGCAAGUCUUGUCAUGAGUCCUCCAAAGGUCGGAGAUGAAUCCUAUGAUGGCUAUAUGGGCGAGAGAGAUGGAAUCUUGAAAUCGCUGGCAAGACGUGCUAAGACAUUGGAAGAUGCAUUUAACAGCUUAGAGGGUGUGAGUUGCAAUAGAGCAGAGGGUGCAAUGUACCUUUUUCCAAACAUUCGAUUGCCGAAUAAAGCUAUAAAAGCGGCAGAAGGAGCUAAAAAAGCAGCAGAUGCAUAUUAUGCGAUCCGUCUCCUUAAUGCGACAGGUGUAGUUGUAGUUCCUGGCUCAGGUUUUGGUCAGGUCCCAGGAAGCUGGCAUUUUAGGUGCACAAUAUUGCCUCAGGAGGACAAGAUCCCAGCCAUAGUUUCAAAAUUGACAGAUUUCCACAAGAAAUUUAUGGAUGAAUUUCGCGACUAAAUGGAUGCAAAAAGAUU